GCGGGAUCGAGCCUGACAUGCGCGUGCACAUUCACAUUCACGAUUCAUUCAUCAUUCUCUCGUCCUGACCACACAGUGGUGCGUUGGGAAGGUCAGCGACCACGCCCGCUCACACGAUUCACUGGCACUCACUUCGCACUCGCACUCGCACUCGCACUCGCACUCGCACUCGCACUCGCACUCGCACUCGCACUCGCACUCGCACUCGCACGCGCGGCUUGGCCUGCCUCUGGGACAGGAGUGCUGCUCCGCCAAAGCUCGAGACUUGUCAAAGCAGUGCUGCAGCGCAACGAUUGGUCAAGAUGGGCGACGACCUGCACAGUGCGCUCAUGGCAUCCAGCACAACGUCUGCUGAGCUGUUCGAGCCGUACGUGGGCAGCGUAGCUGUCUACGGUUCUGCUGCAUUUCCCCCCUCCUCCUCGACUGCGACUGCGACUGCGACUGCGACUGCUCGAACGAGCUCGAGCACAGUCAACAAGCAGCCGGUGGUGCGGUGCGGCGAGGUGCUUGGCGACGCCCUCUUCGUCGGCUUCUCUGACGGAACGCUGCGUCGAUAUGUGCCAUUCGCGAGUGCGAGUGGAAGCAGCGGCGGCGGCGGCAGCAGCAGCAGCAGCAGCAGCAGCAGCAGCAACAGCAACAGCAGCACGCAAGCACAGCUAACCGAGACGCACAGUGUCGACUUGUCCAGCAGCAACAAGCCAGUGGAGAAGAUCCUGCCCGUCAACCUGGCUGGCGCAUCGCUCCUGCUCGUGCUGGUCGAGUCUAAUCUGCACUUCUUGCGUUGCACGGAUCUCUCAAGCGCGCCAUCCUUCCACCGAAUCAGCGGGGUGGUCACAUUUGCGCCCGAUGAGGCGCAGCUCGAGCUCAUCAGUGGUAGCAGUGACUCUGCUACAGAGCCUGCACAGGGCAACGGCGGACUGGUGCGGAUCGCGCUGAUCAAGCGCAAGAGCGUCUUGCCGCUCCUCCUCUCCUCGCGCGGCUAUAGGCAGCUGAAAGAACUGGCCCUGCCUCCCGGUGGAGCGGUGCUGGCAAAAAGAUGGCAGGAUAAGCUUCUGCUGGCAAAUACGAGCACGUACGUAUUGAUGGACAUGUCCAUCACUCCCGCUUCUUCUGGCAACGGGCAGGAGAAUGGCAACAGCAACAUCGCACAAUUGGGUCUUCCCAUCUCUCAAGCCAGCGACAGGCCGAGCCCAAAGGAACGUCCCAGCAUCGUCGUCGUUCCCACCACAGACCGAAACGGACAAACGGCGUGCGAGUUUCUUCUCACUUCCUACGCACCAACGGGUACGCUCGGUGUGUUUGUGGGCAGCGAUGGAGAAGUACGUCCAAAGCUACUGGAAUGGGCAUCCCAUCCGCGCGCACUAUCGUUGUCCGGCGAUGCGACGCUGUACAGUCUGCUCAGGGACGAUCAUCUGGAGAUUCAUCAAUUAGCAGCUGGAGCGACGUCCGGUGAGGAGAUCAGAAGAGUGUGGAGAGGAUGCGUGACGAGGAGAUCUGCUGAGGAUGCGCAGAGGAGAAGAAGAGCUGCACCGGAAGAGCUCGAUGAGCCAAGAGGAUUGAGCGGGGUGUUUGUGGGCCAGCAGUUGGGCCUGCAUCUGAGAGGCAUGCACGGUGAAGAGCACUUACUGGACAGCAAGGGAGUGCAAGAGGAGCAACAGGGAAUGGGCGUACCGCACGUGUUGCUGCUUUACAAGGAUGGGCUGGAGCACGUGACACGUCCCACCUUGUCUCAAGUCGUAAAUGAUCUGAUCCGUCGGGAAAGCUGGAAGAAGCUCGAAGAGCUGAUUCAACACUGUUCGAGCGUGUCCGGUCCGCCGCAAGUACGAUCCAAUGGCACUCUGCUGCGGGCAUCGCGAGAGCUUGCGGCCCACUUUCUGAUCAACGUCGAGUUUGCGAGAGCGGAGACGUACUUGGACUUGAGCGGGGUGGAUCCACUCGAACUGGUUGGCAUGCUAGAUCACACCGACUUUGUUUCCCUCGUCCCAUCUCCGCAAACGGACCCAGCGACGUCUUUGAUUCAGAACGACGCCAAGCUCCAAGCGCGAAGCUCUCUCCGAGCCCUGAUACGCAGCAACCUGCAGACCAACUAUUGUCCGCCGAUUUUAGAGGAGGAAUUAUCAAGCGCGCAACCUUUUGCGCAUUUGGCUCAACUCUUGGAACGGAGGUUCGAAGAGCUCCUAGUGCGUUUGCUUCAAGCUCAACGCCAGCGCCAAGUUAUUACACAAAAUGGAGCUACACGCUCGACAUCGGCGUCAUUAGCCACAGCAAGGGAUACGAUCCUAGGUCAGCUGCUUCUUCGUCGUCUUUCGCUCUUCCCUCUCUCUUCUUCCCCCUCUGACCCGGCUCUGGAGCAGGCGCUGAGAUCUUUCUUGGCGCUUGUGCAUUCUGAUGAAAGCUCGUGCGAUUGGCAAGUCCUCGAAGAGACGCUGCAAGGUCUGGGUAUGUGGUCCGCUCUGCUCGUGAUUUGGAACCGUCGACAGAGCCAAGAUGCACGCCAGGAACGAGAGAAGAAGAAGCGCAUCAUACAGCUUAGGUUGGAAUUGCUGGAAGGAGUCAAAGCAGACCGGUUCGCGCCUAAUGCCAUCGAUGCCACGGGGUCACUAGCGCGAGAUGGGACGCACGCUGACGCGGAUGCUCCGGUCAGGACGCCAGGGCCGCCACCGGUGGAAGAGCAAGUUCGAGAGAUUGUAAGGCUUCUCCACGAGGAUGUGGCGCAGGACGACGAGCAAGCGGAUGGAGAGCAAGCGGAUGGAGAGCAAGAGUCGGAGUGGAAGAGGGAUAUCGGAGUCAGACUGAUCAGGUGGGAUUCUGAUGCGGGGAUCAAGCUCUUGACCUCGGCGGACCGACGCGGUCGAGCGAGCGGGCUAGCAGAAGCGGAUACGGUCGACCUGACAAGCAAGAGGGAGGGAGACGAUGAGCGGACGCUGAAAGAGCUUCGAGAACAUCAUCCUGAUGCUGUGCUUGCAUUCUUGGAGCAUGCAGUAUUGCGUGAAGAAGCUGGCGAGAGUUUGCAUCUCCGGUCGGAGAUCGUAGACGUGCUCCUACGAAGCAUUGUGCCUGAUGAACGGGCAAAGAUGGACAUGGAAGAUGUGGCACACGAAUACAUCUCCGGGAACUACGCCGAGUCAUUUGCUGCGCAUCUGGUCCUACGCGCCAAAAAAUCCUCGAUCCCGGCAGGCGGCGGCGCGCCUUUUAUCGAGACGGACGCUGGGAAGCGAGAUCAGUCUGUAAACGCAUACGAAGCCAGGAUCAAGCUGAUCUUGCUACUGCAAACCUUUGAGAUGGACGAUGCGCGUGCCGUCUUGAAUAAGCUCCAGGGACAGCACUGGGCAGCUUUCGAGCGUGCAAUUCUACUAGGCAAAGUCUUAGAGCACGCGCACGCUUUGCGGAUUCUUGCUCUCGAGCUGCGCGACGUUCACUCUGCAGAGGCCUACUGCGCUCAAGCAGGCAAGGUCAUAUCCCCUUCGCUCGCUGAAUUUCUCCGAUCCGAAGUUCCAGGAGCGGACAUGUAUGUGGGCAAGGUGGAGCAGACGAAGAAGAGCAAGAAAAAGGCAGCGCUGCACGCGAAAACGCGAGCCAGGCUUUUCGAGAGUCUUCUGGACAUUUAUAUAGCCGGGCACGAAUCGGCCCGAGGGGUGGACAAGGACCUCCUCAUCCCAACUUCUCAUCUCCUCAACACCCAAUCGCGUUAUUUUCCCCUGCCCAAAGUCCUGGCCCUUUUACCUUCUGCUUAUCCGCUCUCAUCCCUUGAAACCUUUAUCGCAUCCAAGCUCCGGUCGCAGCUUCACUCGACCCAUCAAGCUCGCAUCGUCCGUGCCGUCUCGCUGGCGCAGAAUCUGGAAAUUUCGGAGAUGGCUUGGGGAAAAAUGAGGAGCGCUGGCGGGGUUCUCGUGGAGGAUGAGAAUGAUUUGGGAGGCACAUGUGGAUUGGAGGAGGAGGAGCAAGGCGUGGUGGAGGAAGAGCACGACUUGACGGAGAAGAUUCGAGCUGAGCAGCCCGCGAGCGCCGAAAAGCAUGGCUUCUCUUCGCCAGGCAGGGUCGACGUGCUCGCAUCGCCGCCGAAUUAAGACACACCCUCACUUGUGCAACACAGCGCGCGCGGAUGAGGCAUGGCAGUCUCUUCAUGCAAGACCAUCUCGAGAGUCGCGGCACAGCGAUAGGACUUAGGAGCGAUUUGAAAGGAUGGCAUUGCGCAGAUCAUCUGUCGAUGUGCUCUUGCACACUCUCAACAAGGUAGUCCAAGGCCUGCUCGAAGGCUAUAUGCGCGUUUGCUUUCACCCUGUCGAAGUGUGGCGCCGCAGUGGGCGCCAGCGGCUCUGAGCCUUCGAGAUCAGAGGCUCGCAGAAUCUCGCUCGAAAGUCGCGGGGCAGUCUCUGAAGCGCUUGCUUGUAAUUCGCGCAGCAGGCCUUUGAUAGCCUCGCCUUGCAGGACGGCCACCAAAUCUGUAUUGGAGGACUUGAUGGAGUGGAGUGCUUGAAGA